UUAUUAACAGAUUAAAAACAAAGUUGCGCUCAAGAGCGCUUUGUUUGGCCCUUCGGUAAUUUUCCUUGCAUCCGAUGAAGUAUCGCGUCAAACUUGGAGUCUAAUUUGCGUCGGAUAAAUUGGGAACUCGAAUUUAGAGGCUGUAUCGUAUUUCGUCUAGACGCCUCUACCAUAGCGCAACUAUUUUCACAACUAAUUUGAAUGAAAUCAGAUCUCCUGGCCUAUCUAGCGUGGCCACCUUUGCAAGCGCCGGGCAGAACAAGCGCUUCUUGGCAAAACAACAUCCAGUGGAGAUCUAAUUCUGGUGGUGUUCAAGGGUCGUUGGACGCAUAGGACUUGGCAGAUCAGUGGAAGACGAAUUUACAGCAUUCUGCAAAACCUUUUGCUUCGAAAACCGCCCUCGUUCACGUGAGAAAACAAGAAAGAACUAUGUCGCCUUAAAACAAUCCGGGCUGUCGCGACUCCUGUUUCAUCUUAUCACACCAGGUCAACCAUCAGACGGCGAUGAAUUUGUCAGGUCCUUGGAAAGUGACGAGAGACGGCUAAACUAAUCGUUGAGGUUUUGAUCGUUUCUCAAACUAAAGACAGUCGUAGUCAAGGGCAGGCAUUCAACGUACGAACAUCUUUAACGCGGCGUGUGGAUCGGAUCACGAGAGCUAAGAAUCGAAGAUUUGUGGAACAACUGGCUUUUCACUUUGAUUGACGGCGAUGUGGGAGCUUGUGCUACAAUUGAUUGUUUUCCUUGGUCUGAUCACCUUUGGUCGAACUCAUAGCAAUGUUAAGAUCACGGACAAAAAACAAGCUGCAAUCUUGAAGGACUCUUCAGAACAUCAUAUUGUGUUUCCCUACUUGGUCGACGCUGAUAGCAAUUUCAUAUCCCAUGAUAUCUAUCACCACCAUCGUGCAAAACGUUCCUUGGAAUCCCCUGAGAUCCAUUACCAUAUACCGUUCAAGAAUGAGCGUUUUCAUCUCGAGUUGAAACCGAACGAUGGCUUGAUGGUUUCCGGUCUCGAAGUCGAGUGGAGGUCUGGGAAGAAGAGCCAAGUGGAUAGGAGCUGUCAUUUUAUCGGUUCAGUUAGGAACUACCCAAAGAGUUCAGUGGCAGUCAGUAACUGCAGAGGAUUGGCAGGUUUGAUCCGAGCUGACACUGGGAGAGAGUUCUUUAUUGAGCCCGUGUUGGGAGUAGACCCAAGUGAACACGAUGAUAAACAUGCCCACGUGAUCUACAGACGAUCUGUCGGAGGAGAAAAGAACACCGCUGAACCGGCGUGCGGGGUCACAGUCGAAGACGUGAGUGAGAGUCCGGGUCAUGCUCAUUUUGAAGAAGAACCAAGAAGAAAAGACGAAGGCGGUUUUUACGUUAAACGAAGAAGCAAACGUGCUGUGAGCUUGAUGAAACACAUUGAAUUGCUUCUUGUGGCAGAUUACUCGAUGACAAAAUACUACCAUGAUAGGGACUUGGAAAGUUACCUGUUUACUAUAGUCAAUAUGUUAUCUCUAGUCUUCAAACAUCGCAGUAUUGGCUCAGCAAUUAACGUUGUUCUAACCAGAAUGAUUAUCAUUGACACUGAACACGAGCGCGGAUUAAACGUCACUAACCACGCUAGAAAAUCGUUGAACGAUUUCUGUCGCUGGGUUCAAACAAUCAAUCCACGAUCAGAUUUAGACCCUAAACACGCUGACGCAGCAGUACUUGUAACCAGGAAAGAUAUUUGCCGCAAUUCCUACAAGCCUUGUGAAACUUUGGGUCUGUCAAACAUGGAUGGAAUGUGCUCAAGGGGAAGCGAAUGUAGUUUUAACGAAGAUAGUGGUUUUUCAUUGAUCUAUACCAUUGCACACGAAUUGGGACACAAUCUUGGAGCUCUUCAUGAUGACGAUUACAGCAAUUGUGCUCGAUUACGUCGUCACAUUAUGGCGAGUAGCCUCGUUUUUGAUCCAACAGAGCAGUUAUGGUCAAGAUGUAGCAGAAAAGCUAUGAAAUCAUUCUUUUAUAAAGGAUGGGGUUGGUGUCUCAACGAUCAACCAGCAUUUGAUCUUCAACCGAAGCUUCCCAGAAGAAUGUUACCCGGUGAACGGUUUGACGCUGAUGCCCAAUGCAAGAUGUAUUUUGGCGCAAAUUCAACCAUUUGUAGCGGAACAGAGACAAGUCUCUGCAGGACAUUGUGGUGCGUUCAUAGCAGCGGCAACUGCGCAACUAAACAUAGUUAUGGCAAGGAAUCAGGUCUACCUGCGCUGGAUGGAACGUCUUGCGGUAAGACAAAGCAUCAAUGGUGUAUAAAGGGCGAGUGUGUAAUUAAAACAAAAUUACCAGAGUCGGUCGAUGGAGGCUGGGGAAGAUGGGCUGAAUGGAGUUCUUGUUCACAGUCGUGUGGCAAAGGAGUAAGAAGAAGAACAAGAAAAUGCAAUUCACCAAGACCAGAACUUGGUGGUUCUUAUUGUGUGGGAGAAUGGAAACGACACAGUAUAUGUAACCCUCAGCCAUGUGCCGAAGGAUCUGAUAAUCCUGUUGAUAUCCAGUGUAAAAAAUUCCGCGCAUUAUCGGUAAACGGAAAACGAUACGACUGGAUUGCUAAACAGAAUAACAGAAAUCCAUGUGAGCUUCGCUGUGUUCCAUUGUUAUCAAAUGGACGCUCAAGAAUCAGAAAGUUUAUCCAAGCACAAGAUGGAACUCGGUGUAACCAUGGAACUAGCAAUAUCUGCAUCGAGGGAAAAUGCGAGCAUGUUGGUUGUGAUGACAAACUCCACUCGAGCGCCAGGGAAGACAGAUGUGGUAUUUGUCGUGGCGAUGGAAGCACUUGUGAGACGAGACAUCAAUCUUUUGACCAACCUCAUGGCCAUGGAUACACAGAAGCUCUUGUAAUUCCCGCACAGUCUCGUAACAUUGUCAUUCAAGAGGUCUCUGGCUCAUCAAACUUUCUUGCUCUCAAGUCACCAUCUGGUGAUUACUAUCUUAAUGGUAACUGGUAUAUUCAAUGGAGUGGCGAUUAUGACGUCGCUGGAACAAGUGGUCGUUACUCACGAAGACAUAAUAGAGAGAUGUUUAGAUCGAAAGGACCCAUCACCGAAGAUCUUCAUGUACUGCUUCUCUACCAAGGCAAAAAUCCAGGCUUGAAAGUCCAGUAUGAUGUGAAGAAAAAUAUAACCACCAAACCUCGAUAUUUUCACUGGAAAAUUGGUUCAUGGUCUCUCUGCUCUGUUACCUGUGGUCAAGGUAUACAAAAGAGAGAUAUGUCUUGUGUCGACCAAGAAGACAAUGUUGUGGAUAAAAUCUUUUGUGAAAAUGCAUUAAUGGGGUACAGGAAAAGACGAUGUAAUCAAGAAGCCUGUCCGCCUGCUUGGUUUGUUGGAGUGUGGCACGAAUGCUCAAAAACGUGCGGUCAGGCUGUCAAAUACCGCGCAGUUCUUUGCACUCAGAUUGUGGUAAACAGAAGACAAAUCAUUGAGGAAGAAAAAUGCGGAAAAAAUAAACCGCCUGCUUCAAUUAUGUGUGAACAACCUUUGUGCUGGUCCGUUUAUCCCUGGGAUAAUUGUUCAUCAUUGUGUGGUCUUGGCAUUCAGCAUCGUGUUGUUCGAUGUCCUGGAAGUGAAUCUCAAUGUGAUCCUUCAACUAAACCGAUUACCAACCGCACAUGCGUCGGAAACAGCUGUGCUCGUUGGCGCAAAGGACCUUGGGAAGAGUGUUCGGCAAGUUGUGGCAAUGGUACCCAGACCAGGCAAGUGUCAUGUGAACAUCUCGACGAGAACAUGUGCAGACAACAUGAGAAACCACGCGCGAUCCAAACAUGCCCUGGUUUUCCUUGUCCAGUGUGGAGAAAGGGGGUCUGGAGCAAGUGUUCUGUGACUUGUGGAAAUGGGACAAAAACUAGAAGUGUCACAUGCGAUCAAGGUCAUGUGAAUUUCACGUGCGAGGCAUCAGAGAAGCCAGUCAUGGUCCAAUCAUGUUUGCAAGAGCAAUGUUCAGGCUGGACUGUGGGGAACUGGAGCUCUUGUUCAGCAUCUUGUGGUGAGGGGGUGAAAGAACGCAAUGUUGUGUGCACUAUCAAGUCAUGUACAGCUGAAACCCGCCCCAAAGAAAAAGAGCGAUGUUUGGUAGGAGAAUGUCCUCGAUGGUCAGUUAGUGAGUGGUCAGAGUGUACUGUCAGUUGCGGAAAAGGUACACAAUAUCGUAACAUCACCUGCACUGACCCGAUAUAUCCCUGUCCCAAUGAGACAAAGCCCCCUAGCGUCCGCCAGUGUCCCAUGAUAGAGUGCUCUAGAUGGAGUUUGGGUAACUGGAGUGAUUGCUCUGUCACGUGCGGAUCUGGAGUACAAACAAGAAGUAUCAUAUGCAAUGCCGACACUCAGGAGGAAUGCGAGGUUGAUAUACCUAAGACGGAGAGGCCUUGUAACGAACAACCAUGUGUGAUGUGGGAGACUGGGGAAUGGAAUGAGUGUUCAGCAUCAUGCGGUCCAGGUAUACAAGAGAGAUCCGUGAUUUGCCCGAGUAAUUCUUGUAAACCCGAAAACAAACCAAACGUGACGAGGCCUUGCAUCAAUCCGGACUGCGCAGUCUGGGUGACAGGAAACUGGGGUGAUUGUCCAGUCUCGUGUGGCGAGGGAGUACAAACACGACAAGUAUAUUGUAGCGAUGAUGAUGAUUCCUUGUGUAAUGCCCUCGAUAUGCCCGAAUCCACACGAGAUUGCUUCGUGUCACGAUGUGGUGCGUGGAUUAUCACGCGUUGGGGACCGUGCUCAGCAAAAUGUGGUCUAGGCACCACAACGCGCAACGUUACCUGCAUUUAUGCAGAUGCUAGAAACUGCUCGAACAAACCAAACGUUGUUAAGACAUGUCAGGAAGCACCAUGUAGUAAAUGGAGUGUUGGAAAAUGGAGCCCGUGUUCUGUAACAUGCAAUGAAGGCUUUCAGAGACGUAUUGUCUCCUGUCAUGGAGGGCGUUGUCUCGCUUCUAAAAAACCGCCCUCUAUACAGCAGUGCGUGAUGCCAAGUUGUGGUAAAUGGGUUGUUGGUGAUUGGAAUGAGUGUAGUGCUAGUUGUGGCGAUGGUGUGCAAUUACGUGAUGUAAGCUGCAGUAGUAAGGAUUCCAAGGAGUGCACUGAUACCAGACCGGUCGUAAAACGGUUUUGCAACAAGCAGGAGUGUCCAUAUUGGUUUGCUGGUGAAUGGGAGAACUGUUCUUCAUCAUGUGGAAAUGGUAUCCAGAAAAGAAAUGUUACCUGCAUUGGUGGUACAAGCUGCCUAAACACCGCCAAGCCGAUUCAGAAUCGACCAUGCUAUUCUGGCCUGUGUCCAAAGUGGAUGACUGGCAAAUGGAUACCAUGUUCUCGUAGUUGUGGUGGUGGUUACCAGAUACGAAUUGUGUACUGUAAAGGUAAAACUUAUACAAGUUGCAAAAGUCUUACCAGACCGAAGCCUACCAGGAGAUGUAAUGAAUUUCCUUGUCCGCAAUGGUCUGUUGGAUCUUGGAAUGGGUGCUCAAAGACAUGUGGUGAUGGUGGAAUGCAGAGUAGGAAUGUGACCUGUAAUAAUAGUGAAGUUGGUAAAUGUCCAGAACAGAGUAAACCAAAUAUUAUACAGAAGUGUGGUGAAAUACCAUGCCCACACUGGAUUGUAGGUCGUUGGUCGGGAUGCUCAAAAUCAUGUGAUGGAGGGUCACGCACCAGAGAUGUAAUAUGCAAUAACACUGAGGUUGGUUCGUGUUUAGAUAGUGCCAAACCUGUGAGUAGCGAGAAUUGUGCCCAAGAACCAUGUCCUCAUUGGUCAGUUGGGCAUUGGUCAGAAUGCUCAAAAUCUUGUGAUGGUGGUAUUCAAAGCAGAAAUGUUACCUGCGAGAACAGUCAUGUUGGUCCAUGCUCGGAUACGAAUAGACCAGCAAACAACCAGACUUGUGGUGAAGUAUCCUGUCCGCAUUGGUUGGUCGGUCAAUGGUCAAAAUGCUCAAAAUCCUGUAAUAACGGUACUCAAAAAAGAUCUGUAACUUGUAAGAACAACCAUAUAGGUAAAUGCUUGACUUCAGCUAAACCAAAAAGUUCUCAAAGGUGCGCCGAAGUAGCGUGUCCGAUAUGGUCCGUUGGAGGAUGGUCAGAAUGCUCUCAAUCAUGCGAUGGUGGAAUACAGAGUAGAACGGUUACAUGUGAUAAUAAUCAUAUUGGUAAUUGCUUAGUAGCAACCAAGCCAAAUAGUACUAGAAAGUGUCGUGAUGUACCAUGUCCGGAAUGGUCAGUGGGCCCGUGGUCAAAAUGUUCAAAGUCUUGUGAUGGUGGAGAAAUGACUAGAACUGUAACUUGCCAGAACAAUCACGUGGGGAAAUGCAAAUCGCAAACAAGACCAGCAUCUAGAGCGACAUGUCGUAACGAGUCAUGCCCCCAGUGGACAGUUGGUCUGUGGUCACCUUGCUCAAAAUCAUGUAAUGGAGGAAGCCAGUCUCGAUCUGUACGAUGUAACAAUAGUCACGUUGGGGACUGUCCCACCAAGGACAAACCACCUACAAGUCAAAGUUGUGGUGAACUACCUUGUCCACAGUGGAAGUUUGGUCGGUGGGGGAAGUGUUCAAAAUCAUGUGAUGGUGGUCUUAAGAGUAGGCGCGUGUGGUGCAAGAAUACUGAAGCUGGUGAAUGUUCUAUUGCUGAUAAGCCUAUUUCCAGGAAGAGGUGUCGCAAGAAAGCUUGUCCAUCAUGGUUAAGCGGAGAAUGGUCACAAUGUUCUAAGACCUGUGGUGGUGGAAUGCAAACACGAAAAAUUUCAUGUAAAAACCACCACAUUGGACCAUGUGAUGCAAAAAAUAAACCUGUCCCAAGCCGGAGUUGUAGUGAGGUACCAUGCCCUCGAUGGUCAGUUGGUACAUGGUCUUCAUGCUCAAAAUCCUGUGGUGGCGGCAUCCAAACCAGGGCUGUUACUUGUGAGAAUGGUCAUAUUGGUGAAUGUCCAAGAAAAAAAAGACCAAGUACUAACCAAAAAUGUGGCGAAGUGCCAUGUCCAGCAUGGACUGUGAGUGCAUGGUCAAUAUGUUCCAAAUCUUGUGGUGGAGGAGUACAAAGUAGAAGAGUGAGCUGUAAAAACAAGCAUAUUGGUGAAUGUCUGGAAACAGAGAAACCCGAGUCUGAUCGAAAAUGUAGUGAGGUGCCAUGUCCCUUUUGGUCAACAGGUGCAUGGUCGAAAUGCUCUAAGUCUUGUGGUGGUGGUACUAAGACUCGAAGUAUAACAUGCUUGAACAAUCAUGUUGAUGAAUGCCCAGUGAGUGAUAAACCACUUACGAAACAAAACUGUGGUGAGCUACCAUGCCCCCACUGGACUGUUGACGUUUGGAGCGAGUGCUCAAAAUCUUGUGAUGGUGGUUUCCAGACCAGAGCACUCCAUUGCAACAACAGCCAUGUUGGUGAAUGUCCAAUAAAAGACAGACCAUCUACUAACCAAACCUGUGGACAACUACCAUGCCCGAAGUGGAUCGUUGGUGGUUGGUCCCAGUGCACUAAAUCCUGUGGCGGUGGUAUGAAACACAGAACUGUGACUUGUGAAAAUCGCCUUGUUGGUAAUUGUCCUGAAGCCGAAAAGCCACUAGAUACGAAGAGUUGUCGUAAGGUAGCAUGUCCAGUAUGGUCUGUUGGGAAAUGGUCGAAAUGUUCUAAAUCAUGUAAUGGUGGUACUCAGACAAGGGUGGUGACAUGUAAAAAUAGGCAUGUAGGUGAUUGCCUGGUUGGUAUCAAACCAGUAUCCAGGCAGAAUUGCAGUGUAGUACCGUGCCCAAAGUGGACUGUUGGUCAUUGGUCAAGUUGUUCGAAAUCAUGUGAUGGUGGAAUACGGAUCCGAAAUGUCACUUGCCAGAACAAACACGUGGGUAAAUGCUUACCAAAGAAUCAACCUGCUGCUACAGAAAACUGUUCUGAAGUACCAUGCCCACAGUGGACUGUUUCGCCAUGGUCAACAUGUUCUAAGACUUGUAAUGGUGGCAUAAGAACGAGAAUAGUAUCCUGCCAGAACAGUGAUGUUGGUAGUUGUUCACUGACGAAUAAACCGGAAGAAACUAAAGAAUGUGGUACAGAACCAUGCCCUAAAUGGAUCACAGGUGUGUGGUCAAAAUGUUCUAAAACCUGUAAUGGUGGGUUACAGAGACGAAAUGUAACAUGUCAACACGGGGAAGUUGGGAAAUGCCGAGAUGAAAACAAACCCAUCUUACAACGAAGCUGUAGUGAGCUACCAUGUCCCCACUGGUUAGUUGGUCCUUGGUCAAAAUGUACCAAAUCGUGUGAUGGCGGGUUAAAGCGAAGAACUGUAACUUGUGUGAAUAAAAACGUCGGUGAUUGCUUGCCAGACGAUAAACCUCGCACCAUGAAGCCUUGUCACAGACGAGCAUGCCCAAAAUGGACGACAGGUCGAUGGUCGACAUGUUCUAAGUCCUGUGAUGGUGGUAUUCAAACAAGAUCUAUCAGCUGUACCAAUCGUCAUGUUGGCGAAUGCCUGGCAAGUAAUAAACCACUUAGUAGAAGAUCAUGUAAUAAUGAACCAUGUCCUAAAUGGUCAGUUGGUCAAUGGUCACAAUGCAGCCAGUCAUGUGAUGGUGGUGUUCAAAAACGAUCCGUCAUCUGUGAGAAUAGUCAGGUUGGUGAGUGUCCUUUGGAGAAAAAACCGGAAGAAAGUCAAAGCUGUUCUGAAAUGCCUUGUCCUGAAUGGUCAAUAACUGAGUGGUCGAAAUGUUCAAGAUCUUGUGAUGGUGGUAUUCAAACAAGAAAUGUUUCGUGUGUGAAUAGUCAUGUUGGUGACUGUGUGGUAGAAGAUAAGCCAGAAAGUACCAGGAAUUGUGGUGAUUUGCCGUGUCCUGAAUGGUCAAUAACUGAGUGGUCGAAAUGUUCAAGAUCUUGUGAUGGUGGUAUUCAAACAAGAAAUGUUUCGUGUGUGAAUAGUCAUGUUGGUGACUGUGUGGUAGAAGAUAAGCCAGAAAGUACCAGGAAUUGUGGUGAUUUGCCGUGUCCUGAAUGGUCAAUAACUGAGUGGUCAAAAUGUUCAAGGUCUUGUGAUGGUGGUAUUCAAACAAGAAAUGUUUCGUGUGUGAAUAGUCAUGUUGGUGACUGUGUGGUAGAAGAUAAGCCAGAAAGUAACAGGAAUUGUGGUGAUUUGCCGUGUCCUGAAUGGUCAAUUACUGAGUGGUCAAAAUGUUCAAAGUCCUGUGAUGGUGGUACUCAAACAAGAAAUGUUUCGUGUGUGAAUAGUCAUGUUGGUGACUGUGUGGUAGAAGAUAAGCCAGAAAGUACCAGAAGUUGUCAUAAUGUGCCGUGUCCUGAAUGGUCAAUUACUGAGUGGUCAAAAUGUUCAAAGUCCUGUGCUGGUGGUACUCAAACAAGAAAUGUUUCGUGUGUGAAUAGUCAUGUUGGUGACUGUGUGGUAGAAGAUAAGCCAGAAAGUACCAGAAGUUGUCGUAAUGUGCCGUGUCCUGAAUGGUCAAUAGCUGAGUGGUCAAAAUGUUCAAAGUCUUGUGAUGGUGGUAUUCAAACAAGAACUGUAAAAUGUAUGAACAGUCAUGUUGGCGAAUGCUCAGUCCAAAAAAAACCAAUCACAAGGCAGGAGUGCGCGAAGAUACCAUGCCCUCAAUGGUCAGUUGGUCAAUGGUCGGCGUGUUCGAAGUCGUGUGAUGGUGGUGUUCAAACACGAACUAUAACAUGUGUUAACGAUCAUGUCGGUAAAUGUCUGGUGAAAGAUGAACCUGCCAGAACCAGGAAAUGCAGCGAAGUACCAUGCCCUAGAUGGAAAGUCGGCCAAUGGUCAUCGUGUUCAAAGUCAUGUAAUGGUGGUACUAAAACAAGAAAUGUUUCUUGCGAGAAUAGUUCUGUUGGUGAUUGUUUAUUGAAGAAUAAACCAGGAGAAACUAUGCAAUGUGGAAUAGUACCAUGUCCUGCAUGGUCAGUCGGCGAGUGGUCAGAAUGUUCUAAAUCUUGCGAUGGUGGUACACAGUCUAGAACUGUGUCAUGUGUAAAUAAUGAGGUUGGUGACUGUUCAAAAGAACAUAAACCAGUCUCUAAUCAAAAUUGUAGUGAAUUACCAUGCCCAUUUUGGGACGUUGGAUCGUGGUCAAGCUGCUCCAGAUCGUGUAAUGGUGGCACAAAGUCCAGAACUGUCACGUGUAGGAAUAGCAAUGUUGGUAAAUGUAAUGAAGAGGAUGAACCAAACACUCACGAGACGUGCAGCGAUGUACCAUGCCCUGAAUGGUCGGUUGGUGUGUGGUCAAAAUGUUCAAGAUCAUGCGAUGGUGGUAGCCAGGUCCGAAUUGUCACGUGUAAAAAUAACCAGACCGGUAAAUGUCCAGAAAGAGAAAGGCCUUCUACCAACCAAAGGUGUAAUGAUGUACCAUGUCCACAGUGGAUUGUUGGUGAAUGGUCAAAAUGCUCGAAAUCCUGUGGAGGAGGUACUCAGAUUCGAACUGUAGCAUGCAAGAACGAGCAUGUUGGUACUUGCGCAACGGAACGAAGGCCGCUUUCUAGUCAAAAAUGUGGUGAAAUAUCAUGUCCUCAAUGGAUGGUGGGUAACUGGAGUGAAUGUUCAAAGUCGUGCGGACGUGGAGAAAGAACUCGUUCCGUAGAAUGCUCAGGGGAUUCUAGUUUAUUGUGUGAGGGUGUCAGACCUGCUGGUGGCGAAGUAUGCAAUGACUUAGCAUGUCCAGUAUGGAUUGUAAGUGACUGGACAGAAUGUAAAGCAAGGAGAUGCCCAAAAGGAAAGCAAUCUCGGGUCGUGAAAUGCAGCUGGGAAAACAGACGAGCCUGCAACAGAAAGACAAGACCAGUUGCACGGCGGCGUUGUGUGCUCGAGUGUCCAAAAUGGAAAACGGGAGACUGGAGCAAGUGUGGAGGUUCAUGCACAAAGGGAGAGAUGACCCGGCGUGUUUGGUGCGAGGGGGGAAACAGAAAAUGUAAACCAAGGGAGAGACCCAUUGAGCGCAAGUCCUGUCUGAAUUCUUCGUGUUUGGUAUGGGAGGCUGGUGACUGGAAUCAGUGCCCAGUCACUUGUGGCGGAGGACUGCGAUAUAGAACCGCUCAUUGCGUGAACAGAGUGUCGGGGGAUUUGACUAAGGGGUGUGAUGGAAGGAAGAAGCCUACACGAUACAAAGCAUGCGCCCUGAAAGAAUGUCCGUCGUCCGAAGAUUACUCCAAGCCGCCAUCAAGAACACAAUGUCGCCAAGCCAUAAGAGACGCUCAUUUCUGUCGCUUGCUAAUUCGACCAUCUUUGAGUGAAUUGUGUUUAUUCGGACAAUGGAAGAGAAGAUGUUGCAAGAGUUGUUUCAAAGUUAACGCACAAAGGAGAAGAUAGAAUGUAAUUUAGCUCACAGUUCAAACCAUUGCUGUCCUUUUGAAGAUGACAUACGUACACAAAUAUGCACUAAUAUGAACGAAUCACACAGCAAGAUACACAUGAGAUUGAGACAAAGUCUUGGGGUGAAAAAUUAGAGUUAGUUAGAUUCGUUAGUGGGGGAAAUUAAGUAACCACGACAGACGUCCAUGCUGCCUGUUUUGUCUCCGUUUUAUGUUAAAAAACUUUAGCAGCAGAGGCAUUCUUUUCCGAUUGGGUACAGGAACGUAUUACCAGCGAGCGACGUCUUGGCGUUUAUCACCAAGGGAAAAGAACUAAGGAAAAUUGGAUCAGCUAGUUUAUUGAUAGGUUUUAAUAUUACUAUUUAUUAUCAGGAGUUUUCUAUGCUUUUGAAAUUUGUAUUUCCAAUAAUGUCAUUAGCUGGGCAACUUCACGAAGUAGGUAAUUGGCAAACUAAAAUGUAAGAUAUUGGAUUUAGUAGAAUAUUUUGAUAAUUGCAAUCUUAUUACAUAUAUACGAAUACAAUAAAGUU